GAAAAAUGGGCUAUGUAGCAAAACUGUUCCCACCAUACUACAAAUAUCCAGUUCUAGUAUUUUUGUUCUGCGAAUUCGUUUAUUCUGCUUUUGUACUUGCCAUAUCAGAAGCUUAUUACAAAUCAGCAGCUCUUAUUCUUCCAAUUGCAUAUAGGAUUUUUGAUGAUACGGUUAAGAAGAACAAACCAGGAUUUGACUGGUCACCAGAAGAAAAAGAAAUUCUGGAAGUGUACAAAUUACAAAUGCUCUUUCUUUGGGUCAUUUCAGCAAUCGGAGUGAUACUUUGCAUUUUUGUGAUGAUUCCACAGUUCUUUGAUUUUAAUGAUAAGAAGGGAAAUCCAAGUCACUUGUGUUUGGUUCGUCGUAAACUGGCUUGGGUGAUGUUCUUGGUUAUUGCAGUCUACGUUGUCGUUCUUGGAAUAGCAGUAUUCUGGGCUUGGACUGAUGGCGGAGCUGCGUCCAAGCAUUUUCAUACUCACUUUGAAGGAGCUGAAAAAGAAGAAAUCUAUAUCACAGAACUGGAAGAAGCAUUCGAUUGUGAAUCAGAUGAUGAUCAAGAGAUGUGUUGGGAGAAGGUGAACAAAACAUUUAUCUCUCACACAUGGCUGGAUAUUCUCUUCAUUGCGUACAUUUCCGGCCAUAUUUUGGUUUUCCUUUCCUUGCCAUUUUUCAACAAAAAGCUUUUCAAAGAUGACGACGAUGUCUUUAUAGAUGAACCAGCUAGCAAGUUAUUAGAAGAUUAAUUGUUUUUGGCUUCAACUUCUUGUUCAACUUUAACUUAGUUUAUUUGACGGGUUUUUGAUUUUAAAACCGAACCGCCGAGCUGUCCUUCUUUUUCUUUUCCUCUGUAAUCACUUAUUAUGGCUGUCUUGUAUAAAUAUGGAAAAUGCUUUCAAUUCAAUAUGCUUUCAUUAAACAAAACAAAAUGACUUUUCUCGUGUUUAAAAGAAAAUAAAUAAGUUUAUU